CUUAUCAAGAAUUAUAUUUUUCCAAAGAAAAGAAGGGAAAAAAAAAAUACAAUGAGCAGCUUCGAUUCUCAAAGGCAAGAAUCCAUAAAGAGAACGAACCAUUCGACGACCAAUUAUACCGCCCCACCAAAUUUCCAAAAUUACAAACUAGCCCCAACAAUUAAUAUUCCAGUCUCUUCUUCAAACCCUAAAACCCUGCUGCAAUUACCCGCAUUUUCCGGGGGGUUCGACGGCGACCUUGUGGCGGCGGCGGCGGUGCCUCCGGUGACGGUGGUGCUGGAGGGCCGAUCAAUCUGCCAGCGCAUCAGCCUCCACAAACACGGCAGCUACCAGAGCUUGGCGUGGGCACUCAGACAGAUGUUUGUGGAUAUAAUUAAUUACAAUAAUACCGAUAUUAGUAAUAAUGACGGUAUUAUUAAUAAUCUUGAUAUUUCGAAUGCUGUUCCGGGGCAUCUCGUUGCGUACGAAGACAUGGAAAAUGAUCUUCUUUUAGUUGGUGAUCUCAACUGGAAGUUAUUUUGAUGUUUGCAGGGAUUUUGUUAGAGUGGCUAGAGAUCAGAAUAUUGCCAGCAAAGGCGAAUUCAAGGAAGAAGAAAGAUGGUAUUAUUAAUUGAU